AAAAUGAUUAAAUUUAAAGCACAACAUUUCCUUGUCUACGAUCAAAAAGAAGCUCACAAAGAUAAUUGAGAGAAAAUAAGUAGAGAAACCUUCUCUGAGAUUUCACAGAAGAAACAAACUCGUCGAGGAAGUCAAUAUCCGCCGGAGAAGAAGAGAAGAUGUCGUGGCAAUCUUACGUUGAUGACCACCUUAUGUGCGACGUCGAAGGCAACCACCUCACAGCCGCCGCAAUCCUCGGUCAAGACGGCAGUGUCUGGGCACAGAGCGCCAGUUUUCCUCAGUUGAAAGCUGAAGAAAUCGCUGGAAUCAAGAAGGAUUUCGACGAGCCAGGGACUCUUGCCCCAACGGGACUAUUUCUUGGCGGUGCCAAGUACAUGGUUGUUCAAGGUGAACCAGGAGCUGUGAUCCGAGGGAAGAAGGGACCUGGAGGAGUCACUAUCAAGAAGACGACUCAAGCCUUGGUCAUUGGUAUCUACGAGGAACCGAUGACCGGAGGUCAAUGCAAUUUGGUUGUGGAAAGGCUCGGGGAUUACCUCAUCGAGUCUGAUCUCUAAACCAAGCAAGAUUUUCUUCUUUUUUAAACUAAAAGAAAAGAGUGUCAUUUUGCCCUUUUGUUUGUGAUUGAUUGUAAUGCUUUCAAACGCAAUCAAUUGAUGAUACUUUUAGAACCAAUCUUGUUGUUGGUCUUUGUUUACCUUGGUUUGGGGUUUGUGUGUCUUGUAAUGGCAUUUGAUAAUCUUUUUUCCCUUCAUAUGUAUUGAGAGUUUUUGGAAUUUUUUUUCUUCAUGAUUUUCUUUUUCUUGGA